AUGUAUAGACAAGUUGUUACAACAUUGUGUCUUGUUGCCUUGGUAUUGUGUUCGACCACAUCGGCAUUCACAUUCCUCGCACAGGAGAAUGGACUGACCGAGAUGACCAUCCGUAAAUACUCACCAUCCGCUGUGGACUCCAAUCCAUUGCCUGGCAAGGUAGUGUCCAGGAUCAAGGGUGCCUCAACACUAAACAACGAGGGAUUCUCCUGGGGUGUCACCUGUGUUGCCGGAAGCACCUACUUUGCCCUGCUAACCAACAACAUCGAGUACUACAUGUACGGAAUCGACCUCACUACCAACCAGUUGGUGAUCAAUGGUUACUCACCCGAUAGCUCUGAGAUGUAUGUCCAAGCAUUGGCUUAUGAUAGCACUAUUGACGCACUGUUUGGAAUUGCACCAAAUGAUAUUGUACCAUCAUGGUAUGAUGUGGUCGAGUUGGACCAGAGCAAGGGCUCGAUCAAGAAGAAGAUCGGAUCGCUCAAGUUGGGCGAGUACGAGUACACCGGCCUGUAUACAUACGAUCAGAGCACAUCGUCCAUGUUCAUCGUGUUCAAGCAGUUCACCAACGACUCGUCCACCACCCAGGAGGGCAUGAUGGUGAUCAACACCCAAUCCGGCGACGUCAGCGACGCCAUCAUGUUCACCGGCUACCACGCAUCCGACACCAACCUCUGGAACAUCGCCUUUGACCCCGAGUCCAAGGCGCUGUACGGCACCACCUCCAAGUACAUUGGUACCGAGCGCGCCUUUGUCCGCAUCGACCCUACCUCUGGCGAGAUCACAUCCAUCAACAACUCGACCGAGGUGUGUUCUGGCAAUGGACCCGUCAUCCAAGACGGCUACUUCAUCUCGCCUGGCCACGACAGUGUAAGCUCCAGCACCAUCUACUACGUCAACAUCACCACUGGACACAUUGACAAGAAGUACAGCAACUCUGAUGCCCUGUCCCUCAUCUCUUUCCUCAGCGUCUACGACGACUCCUCUGAUCAGUAA